AUGUCUUUGUGCAGAGAUCUUUCACCUAACCAGGUGAAUAAUGUUGGUUUAGCCAGAGAGACCCAGCACACACGGUUUUGUGGCUUCGCAUCUAGGCAAGCAUCAGGUAUCCCUGGGCUGGCUCCAACUGAUGAAAAAGAUGGCAACCUGCCAGAUAUCAUUGCCAGCAACAGUUUGCAUGAGUUUCUGGUGACUCUUCAUGAGAAAUAUGGCCCACUGGUUUCUUUCUGGUUUGGAAGGCGUCUUGUUGUCAGCCUCGGCUCCAUUGAUCUCCUGAAACAACAUGUUAACCCCAACCGAUUGUUGGAUCCCUUUGAGACAAUGCUGAAGUCCCUCUUGAGGUACCAGUCCAGCCUGAAUGGGGAUACAGGAGAGAGCCACAUGAGGAGAAAGCUAUAUGAAAAUGGUGUGACCAUGUCCUUGAAAAGUAACUUUGCUCUCAUCCAGAAGCUGUCAGAGGAGUUGCUAGCCAAAUGGCUCUCCCUCCCGGAGGCACAACACGUGCCGCUCUGCCAGCACAUGCUGGGCUUUGCCAUGAAGUCUGUCACACAGACAGCUAUGGGCAGCAGCUUUGAAGAUGACCGGGAAGUCAUCCGAUUCCGCAGGUACCAUGAUGAAAUCUGGUCGGAGAUUGGGAAAGGUUUCUUGGAUGGAUCACUUGACAAAAACAUGACUAGGAAGAAGCUCUAUGAAGAUGCCCUGGUGGAGAUGGAAUCCACCUUAAGGAAAGUAACAAAGGAGCGACGAGGCAAAUCAUUCAACAGGCAUGUCUUUAUAGACACCUUGCUGCAGGGGAAGCUGAGUGACCAGCAGAUUCUGGAAGAGACAAUGAUUUUCUCCUUGGCAGGAUCCAUAAUCACUGCUAACUUGUGCACCUGGGCAGUGUAUUUCCUGACAACCUCAGAAGACGUUCAGCAGAAUCUCUACAAGGAGAUGGAUCGUGUUCUAGGGAAGGGACCAAUUACAGAUGAGAAAAUUGAUCAGCUCAGAUACUGUCGGCAAGUCCUGUGUGAGGUAGUUCGAACAGCAAAGCUUACUCCCAUUGCUGCCAAGCUGCAGGAGCUGGAGGGCAGAGUCAACCAACAUACUAUCCCCAAAGAGACACUUGUUCUUUAUGCUCUUGGUGUGAUGCUGCAGGACAGUUCGUCGUGGCCAUCACCAUACAGGUUUGACCCAGAGAGAUUCAAUGAGGAAUCGGCCAUGAAAAACCUCUCCUUGUUGGGUUUUUCAGGAAGCCAGGAGUGCCCAGAGCUGAGGUUUGCCUAUAUGGUGGCUACAGUCCUGCUGAGUGUCCUGGUAAGGAAACUGUAUCUCCACCCAGUCAAAGGACAAGUCAUGGAGACCAAGUAUGAGCUGGUAACCUCACCAAAGGAGGAAGCCUGGAUAACAGUGUCUAAGAGAAGCUAAGGGCAAGCAAAACAGAGGGCUAAAGGUGCCAACAGUGAAGUUCUGAGCAGACGUUUUAGGAAAUCAUACUGGUGCCACACUGACUCAGCCAAGGAGUUGUACAUCCAGAUUUUGUUACCUUCUAUGUUUUUAACCACAUACCUCUAUUGGGUACUUUUCCUAAUUCAACUAGUAGUCAUAUUAAAGUAGAUUUAAUCUG